GGCGGGCGGCCGGGCUCCCUGGCCCGGACGCUGCACCUGUCAGGUGAGGGGGAGGAGAGGCCCGGCUGCCAGAUUCAACUGGAAAAGAACCAGUCCCAGUCCAGCCACACCUGGGAGUGGGGAGCAGGAGGCAGCCCAGACCUCCUGGAGCCCUGCAGUCCUGGGACAGAGAGCGAGUCCGGACACAGCCCGAGGCCAGGGCCAGAGACAGGAGGAGAGAGCCCAGACUGAGAGGGGUAAAGGUGGGGAGGAAGAGGAAGAGAGGCAGGAUCAGAGAGCCUGGCACACAGAGAGGAGACACAAAAGGAAGAACAGAUCCCAGAAAGAGACCCAAAGAGAUGCAGAAGGCAGAGAGAGAGAGAGGGAGAGGCAGAGACUAAGACACGGAGAUCCUGGAGGAAGAGACCCAAAGAAAGAGACUGACCAAACAGGGCAGAGACUGACUGCUGUGGAGACAGAAAGGGAGGUGCUAGGAGGGAACCCAAAAGUAGCCUUAUCAGGGAAGCAGAGGAGAGGUCACUCCAGGGAAGCCCAGCUCCAGCUCUUCUGGCCCCAACUCCAGCAGGUCAGCUGGCCUCUGGGAAGGUGGAGGGAGGGAGGAGUGGGAGAAAGUGGGCUCAGGGUGGGAUGCGGGCAUGGCCAGGAGCAGCCUCACUCUGGGUUCAAGAUGACGAUGGAGGAGGGCAACCCCACGGAGAGCCAAGAACUCAGCCCUGACCCUCAACCUCCACAACACCCCCAAGGACUCAUGAAGGGAGACAAGCAUGAGGAGCAGGGGCUGGGCUCUGAACCCACGGCCCCCCAGCAGCCCACAGAGGAGGAGGAGGCCCUGAUUGAGUUCCACCGCUCCUACCGAGAGCUCUUUGAGUUCUUCUGCAACCACACCACCAUCCAUGGCGCCAUCCGCCUGGUAUGCUCCCAGCACAACCGCAUGAAGACGGCCUUCUGGGCUGUGCUCUGGCUCUGCACCUUCGGCAUGAUGUACUGGCAGUUCGGCCUGCUGUUCGGAGAGUACUUCAGCUACCCCGUCAGCCUCAACAUCAACCUCAACUCGGACAAGCUCGUCUUCCCUGCAGUUACCGUCUGCACCCUCAAUCCCUACAGGUACUCGAAAAUUAAAGAUGAACUGGAGGAACUGGACCGCAUCACAGAGCAGACGCUCUACGACCUGUACAAAUACAACUCCUCCAACACCCUCGUGGAACAUCCCCGCGGCCGUCGCGACCUCAGGGAGACCCUGCCGCACCCCCUGCAGCGCCUGCGGGGCCCGGCCCCGCCUCAAGAAGCCCGCAGAGCCCGCAGCGCGGCCUCCAGCGUGCGGGACAACAACCCCCAAGUCAACAGGAAGGACUGGAAGAUCGGCUUCCAACUGUGCAACCAGAACAAAUCGGACUGCUUCUACCAGACAUACUCAUCAGGGGUGGAUGCAGUGAGGGAGUGGUACCGCUUCCACUACAUCAACAUUCUUUCGCGACUGCCUGCGGACACCUCUCUAUCCCUAGAGGAGGACGAAGUGGACAACUUCAUCUUCGCCUGCCGCUUCAAUCAAGUCUCCUGCAACCAGGCGAAUUACUCUCACUUCCACCACCCGAUGUAUGGGAACUGCUACACUUUCAAUGACAAGAACAACUCCAACCUCUGGAUGUCUUCUAUGCCUGGGAUCAACAACGGUCUGUCCCUGACGCUGCGCACAGAGCAGAAUGACUUCAUCCCCCUGCUGUCCACAGUGACUGGGGCCAGGGUAAUGGUCCACGGGCAGGAUGAGCCUGCCUUUAUGGAUGAUGGCGGCUUUAACUUGCGGCCUGGUGUGGAGACCUCCAUCAGCAUGAGGAAGGAAGCCCUGGACAGACUUGGGGGCAACUAUGGUGACUGCACCAAGAAUGGCAGCGACAUCCCUGUACAGAACCUUUACCAGUCCAAGUAUACACAGCAGGUGUGCAUUCACUCCUGCUUCCAGGAGAGCAUGAUCAAGGAGUGUGGCUGUGCCUACAUCUUCUAUCCGCGGCCCCCGGGUGUGGAGUUCUGUGACUACAGGAAGCAUAAUUCCUGGGGCUACUGUUACUAUAAGCUCCAGGAUGCCUUCUCCUCAGACCGCCUGGGCUGUUUCACCAAGUGCCGGAAGCCAUGCAUUGUGACCAGCUACCAGCUCUCUGCCGGUUAUUCACGAUGGCCCUCAGUCACAUCCCAGGACUGGAUCUUCCGGAUGCUCUCCCUACAGAACAAUUACACCAUCAACAACAAAAGAAAUGGAGUUGCCAAACUCAACAUCUUCUUCGAGGAGCUAAACUACAAAACCAGUUCUGAGUCUCCCUCUGUCACGAUGGUCACCCUUCUGUCCAACCUGGGCAGCCAGUGGAGCCUGUGGUUCGGCUCCUCGGUGCUGUCGGUGGUGGAGAUGGCCGAGCUCAUCUUUGACCUCCUGGUCAUCACAUGCCUCAUGCUGCUCCGGAGGUUCCGAAGCCGAUACUGGUCUCCAGGCCGAGGGCGCAGGGGUGCCCAGGAGGUGGCCUCCACUCCAGCUUCCUCCCUCCCCUCCCAUUUCUGCCCAUACCCUGCAUCCCCCUCCUCAUCCCCACCAGGCCCUGCUGCCUCCCCGGCCUUGACAGCCCCUCCACCUGCCUAUGCCACCCUGAGCCCCUGCCCAUCUCGUUCCGGCUCGGUGGGGGCCAGCUCCACUGCCUGUACUCCCAGGGAGCCCUGAGGGGGAAGGAGAAUGUCCGCCUGGAAGGCAGGCGCUUCCCCUGUGGGAGGCGACCAGCCUUGACAGGAUUAAAGAAUGUCUUGGGCUUCCUCUCAUAGCUGCCCAACUGCCUUUGGUCUGGGGGAGGGAAGCAGGAUGAUGAGGGGCCACAUGUUCUCCCUGCCUGGAGAACAGGGGCCAAGGAAGCUGCCCAGAAUUGACCUGGCUCCUGCCCUGUAGCCCCUGGUCCUGCCUCUAGAACACUCUGGUUUCCCCUCCCAAGUGCAGACAAGAAAAGUCUCCUUUUCCCUUGGAUCAGCCAAGCCAAACUUGGACCUUUGACAAGGAACUUUCCUAGGAAACAACUGAUGAUUAGAACAAAACAAACAAGGGCAGACAAAGGCACGCGCAGGUCUCCUACCCAGAGAGGACUGAAGCCAGCCCCACACUGGCCUGGCCACACUGCUUUCCAGUGACACAGACAUAUGCUCCUUUUCUUGAACUUGGGUGGGGAACCCCACCCGAAAGCCCCCCUGGUUAGUUCUUGGGCAGUUCUCCCUCCCUGACACCCCAGGGCAGGGGCUGGAGCAGAGCAAUGUAGUAAAGGCUUGGCCAUUCCCGGUCGGCCCCAGGACUCUUCUAGCCUCAUCUACCCCAUGCCCGCACAGAGCCACACCCCAGUGCCUCUCCCCUGUGUCUUUCAUUCUUCUGCAUAUUUGCUCAAACUAUUUCCUCAGCUGGAAGUUUCCCCUACCAUCUGCUGGAGAACUCCUAUGCAUCCCUUAGAACCCUGAUCAGACACCACUACUCCUUUGAAAGCUUCUGCCCCAUCCUGUCUUCUCCGGAAUUGAUCACUCCCUUCUCCUCUGGGCUCAUGUAGCACACCAUAACAUCUACUGGAGUGUUGAUGUUGCAUUACACUUUCUUGUUCAUUUGUGUCUGCCUCCUCAACUAGACUGUGAGCUCCUUGUAGUCAGGGACUGAGUCUUGUUCAUUUAUGUAUCCUCAGGGUCUAGCCCAGUGUCCCGCUUGGAGCAAGUAGGCCGGUAUUCAAUAAAUGUUUUUUGCAUAAAGAAUGUCUGGAGACCUGCAUGAGGGCACAGUGAAGGGGGUAGGGAGUGGACACAAGUUCCUAGGUCACUGCCCAAGUUCCUGGGAGGUCUCAGGGUGGGGGGAGUGGAGAGACUCCCAUACCCCUAGGCUUCACUAUGGAGGUGAGCAUUCUUCAGGGGCCUUAGGAGAGACAGACUGUCCUGCUAGCUCCUCCAUGGGCGUGGCUGAGCAUCUCCUAUGGACCCAUCACCAUGUUAGGGUGGGAGGGCGAAGACAUGGUGCCGUUCUGCCCCCAGGAGACCUACCAGGCAGUGCUUGGGAUGACUUGCCCCCGUCCACUGUCUGAACUUCCUUUUCCUUCCCAACUUUAGUUACCGUCAUCAGUAAUCCUCCUCUUCAGUCGCUGAGUACCACUCACCACCCAGCUGCAACAUAAUGUCCUCAUCUGCCCACCUCCCCAUCUACUGCCCGGUAGUGGUGGAGGAGAAUGAGACCCGGGCCAGACAGAGUCUGAGGUUCUUCUGGAACCUCAAAGCCUCAUAUAUUCUCAUUCUUGCAUCAUCACAGAGAGAGCAGCAGCAAGACUCCUCCCAGCUUUCAGUAAAGGAGAAAUUGAGGGAUGUCUGAGUGGAAUCCCUGUUUCUUCUCCCACUCCACUAUCAGACAUGGAACCCAGAAGUUACUCUUCCUCAUCGUCUUUGGGGACCCACGCCCUGCUGCCUUGGUCUUACUCCCCUCAAUUAUAAUCUGCCUGUCCGGAGGAGCCAAGCGAAUCUUGGGGAGAGAGGAGGAGAUGGUGAAGGGAAUGGGGAGGUAGAAAAGGGUGUGAUCAGGAACUGACGUGAUGACUUCUUACUUCCCUUUCCUGGACUCCAGCUGAUGAGGGGAAAACAGUGGUGUCACAACAGGCUCCUCUGUCAGAGCCCCCAGGUUCAGCCUGCCCUUGUCUGCUCUUGGCCACAGCCUAAACUCGGUCUUGCCCACCUCAUCCCCAGCUCCCUCUCCUCUGGUGGGGUGGGCAGGACCUGUGGACAGAGCUGGAUCUAUUAUGGAUGACAGCAGUCAGCUACACCACCCUUCCGCCCCCUCCCUCCCUCUGCCCCCAACCCAUGCUGGAGUUUCUCCUGGCUUGCUGCAUUCCCACCUUCUUUCCAUCCCUUAUCUAUGCGUUACCCUGGAGGUUUUUUUUUUUUAAGCUUUAAAAAUAGUUUAAUUCCUCCUUCACAAACACACGAGCCUCCUGACCAUUAUGUAAGGCACCACAAAUUAAAUAAAAACUUAUGUUAGAA